AUGUGGUAUCCGUGUUCAUCUACACCCGAUUUUCUCACACUUAUUGCAAUACUUCUUCAAAUAGAUUUAUGUUUUUGUUGUAUACCUACACAGCAUAUUGAAGAUGAAACAACAAGUGAGUUUUGAAUCAAUUUUGAAUUCAAGUUUCACGCGAUUUUUUUCGAUUUAAAGCUUCUACAACUUCACAUUACCCAAGUUCGACAUCGACUACAACUAUAGAAGUUACCACUGAAACAACAUCAACAACCACGACAACCAUCGAAACAACCACCACAGGUAAAAAAGAUGAUAUAUUAUUGUUGAAAAACUGAAAGCUUUGGUUUUUUGAUUGGAGAUAUAACGAGUUUUUGAUUUGCUAAAAAGAUGUGUUUCGCUGAACGAACACUAUUUGGGGAUAUCUCUUGUUUGGUUUUUAGCGUUUUUCAUUGAAUUUUCAAUAGGUUCUAAAAGUUUGCAGUUAAAAAAUGCGACGAUGGAUGGAUUCCGAUUCAACGAAUACUUGGUGUGUGGUGUGCAAAAAUAGUUGAAGAUUCCUCUAUUGCUAAUGAUUGCUUUCAAGAGGGAGGAAAAGUUUCUUCAAUUGAGAGUAUCGAAGAAUUGAAUGUGUAUUUGAGCGAAUUGAAAAAGAUGGGUGAACAAUAUUGUUUGCUCAACUCAGAUGUCACUUCUCAAUGUUAUUGUGGUGAUUUUUUGUGUGAAAUAACUGCGACUUGUCAAAUACCAAAUGUUUGGAGAUGGAGUGAUGGUUUCACUGAUUCAAAUGCUUUGAUGAGUUUGGUUGAACCGCAACAUCUGAGUACAAACCAAUACGGUCAUUCUGUCCUAAUCGAUACAACAUCAACAUCAGGACUCAUUGAUUAUAUUGAUGUUGGAUAUGAUCAUCCCUAUGUUUGUGGAAAAAAGGCUGUUUGA